AGAGCUCGCGCUUAGGGUUGGCUAUGGCGUCUACGAGCUUAUUUCUCGCCUUGGCGCUAGCGCUGCUGGCUUCUCAAGCGAUCGCUAAAGCCAGUGAUGUGAAGGAGCUCCAGAUCGGAGUGAAGUUCAAGCCUUUGACUUGCGAAAUUCGAGCUCACAAAGGCGAUGAAGUGAAGGUCCAUUACAAGGGAUCUCUCACGGAUGGGACCGUUUUCGAUUCGAGCUACACCAGGGGCGAUCCCAUUGGUUUUACCUUAGGCCAGGGACAAGUGAUUCAAGGCUGGGAUCAAGGGCUUCUAGGAAUGUGCGUCGGCGAGAAGAGAAAGCUUAAGAUCCCCUCCAAGCUCGGUUAUGGGGAUCAAGGACAACCACCAAAGAUUCCAGGUGGUGCGACACUGAUUUUUGAGACCGAACUCGUGUCAGUUAAUGGCAAGGGUGAUGAAAAAAAUGAACUCUGAGGUGUAGUGCUUGAUUUUGACAAUGAAGCCCUGACAUAACACUCUGUUCUUUCUUGA